GGAGUAGUGGCUGCAAGGGGUUCUGUUCUUUCGUUCACAUUACUGGAUGCCGCAGGGGUGCAAAAUAUACAGCGGUUUGCUUACUAGCUGUAGGGCAUCAUCGCAAAACAAUGUUAAUGCCAGCUGAAGAUUAUGGGAAAAACUAUUCAGGACCACAAGCCUUGGAACAUGAAAAUUAUUCAAGACGUUCUUAGCCUGCUUAAUCCCCCCCUUCCGUCAUCCAUAAUCAUAGUUAUAGCUAAAAGUGUGCAGGCCUCAAGCUGAGCCCUCCUCUCCUGGAGUAAAGAUGGUGAGUGUGGGUGUAGGCACAAGGCCACAUUGGGCAAGAGAAUCCAGGCCAGGAGGAUCUGGGUCUGACGUGGAAACAGAUGAGGUUGUCUUGCAAAGGAGGCAGAAGCAAAUAGACUAUGGGAAAAACACAAUUGGUUACCAGUGUUUUGUUCAGCAGGUUCCCAAGUUUGCUCGGCGGUUGGGUGUUCAUCCACGUACUCCAAAUAAAUAUAAGAAGUACAGUCGCCGUUCAUGGGACAUGCAGAUCAAGAUAUGGCGACGAACAUUGCAUAACUGGGACCCACCUGGAUUGAUCAACUAUGAUGCUGAGAGGCAGGAGUUGGUGACCAAUAUGAAUCCUGCAUCUGAUCUCUCGGAUGAAUGGCUUGGUGUUCAAGGGAAUCUGGAAAAGAAGUAUAGAGAAGCAUUGGGAGGACAGUUUGCUGGACUGUCACCUUCUGGAUCCUUUUCUAUGUGGCUGCCUCAGAAUGCUCCUUCCACUUGGGAGAGUUUCCUGAAAGACACAGAAGACUGUCCGUUUCAUUCCUGAUUGCCAGUUUCAUCUCUUAGAACCCCAAAGAGGCAGUGCCUUGAAAGGGGAAAUCUGAGAUAUUCUUAAGUCUGUGAUCUCUGUAACUCAUUGAUGUUGCUGGGCUUGCUAUGAUACUCACAACAUUUUGAGUGGAUGAGGCCCAUUUCUACACUUCUGCCAAGGUUUGCUUGAUGCAGUCUUCAUUCACACUAAGUGUUUACAAUUGCUUUUAUGUCAUCCAUUUAAUUCAAAGAAACUUGUCACAUUUCUAUUGAUGAAGUGCAUGCAGAGGACAUAAAGUCAAAAAAUAUUACAAAAGUGUUGCUCUUGCCUGCCGUUUCAUCCAUUGUAUGUUUUGUGCAAGAGUACCAGUUGAGAAUUAAAGCUAUAACAAUGUC